AUGGCGGCUGUGGCAACCUGUGUAGGCCGGCUAUUUGGGCUCCGUGGGGCCGGAUCUGAGGGCCGAUGGCUUCGACUCCGUGGCACGGGGUUGCUCCGGGCUUUCCUGCAGCCCACCUCGCCCGGCGCGAGCAGCAAGGACGUGAUCUCGAGACGGCAGGCUUCUCAUUUUACUUUCCAGCCUGACCCGGAAUGCCUGGAGUACGGGCAAACUCAGAAAAUGAACCUUUUCCAAUCAAUAACAAGUGCCUUGGAUAAUUCGUUGGCGAAAGAUCCUACUGCAGUAAUAUUUGGUGAAGAUGUUGCUUUCGGUGGAGUCUUUAGAUGCACUGUUGGCUUGCGAGACAAAUAUGGAAAAGAUAGAGUUUUCAACACUCCAUUGUGUGAACAAGGAAUUGUUGGGUUUGGAAUUGGAAUUGCAGUCACUGGUGCUACUGCUAUUGCAGAAAUUCAAUUUGCAGAUUAUAUUUUUCCUGCAUUUGAUCAGAUUGUUAAUGAAGCUGCCAAAUACCGCUAUCGUUCUGGGGAUCUUUUUAACUGUGGGAGCCUAACCAUCCGUUCCCCAUGGGGCUGUGUUGGCCAUGGGGCGCUCUAUCAUUCUCAGAGUCCAGAAGCUUUUUUUGCCCACUGUCCAGGAAUCAAGGUGGUUGUGCCCAGAAGCCCUUUCCAGGCCAAGGGACUUCUUUUGUCAUGCAUAGAGGACAGAAACCCUUGUAUAUUUUUUGAACCUAAAAUACUUUACAGGGCAGCAGUGGAACAGGUUCCAGUAGAACCAUACAACAUCCCGCUGUCCCAGGCUGAGGUCCUUCAGGAAGGGAGUGAUGUCACUCUGGUUGCCUGGGGAACUCAGGUUCACGUGAUCCGAGAAGUGGCUUCCAUGGCUCAGGAGAAGCUUGGAGUGUCUUGUGAAGUAAUUGAUCUGAGAACUAUAAUACCGUGGGAUGUAGAUACAGUUUGUAAGUCUGUAAUCAAAACUGGGAGGCUGCUGAUUAGUCACGAGGCUCCUUUGACUGGCGGCUUUGCAUCGGAGAUCAGCUCUACAGUUCAGGAAGAAUGUUUCUUGAACUUAGAGGCUCCUAUAUCCAGAGUAUGUGGGUAUGACACACCAUUUCCUCAUAUUUUUGAACCAUUUUACAUCCCUGACAAAUGGAAGUGCUAUGAUGCCCUUCGAAAAAUGAUCAACUAUUGAUCGCAUAGAAAAAUUGGAAGAUUAUGACUAGAUACGGAAAUAUUUUUUGACUUUUUUAUAUUUCCUUCAACUUAUAUCUUCUGAAAAUAUGACUUUUGUGAAAUGAACCAUCUUGGAUAUUGGCAUAGAAGUAACAAAUUCCAUUUAUUGUAUUAAAACACAUGAAUUGAUGAUUCCUGUUAAAAUGGUCUCAGAUUAAUUUUUUAAAAUGUUUCACAUGCUAGUAUUUUAAAAUCUGUUUAAUUACGUAUGUAAAUAUUGGGUGUGGGUUACUGUUCAAUAAAGGAGAAUGAGAUUGUC